GCCACGUGAUGUGAUUGUUGGAUCGGAGCUGGCAACUGCCGUUUCAGUAUCCACACGCACUUAUCUUGAUCGCGAUUGUUACUAGCAUACUGCAUCUCUCUCAUUCAUUAUCUUAUUCAACAUGUCGUCCGGAGUGAUAGCAUCUCCCGAAUGUCUCCAAAGAUUCGGAGAACUGAAGAUGUCCAAAUCGUUGAAGUACAUAUUGUUCAAGUUGAACGAUAAACGGACAGAGAUCGUUGUUGACAAGACUUCGGAUAAUUCUGACUACGAAGAAUUUCUGGGGAACUUGCCUUCCGAUGGUUGCAAAUGGGCUGUCUAUGACUUCAGCUAUACGUCGGACGAUGGGUCCCCGAGGAACAAGCUCUGCUUCCUCUCCUGGUCACCAGACAAUGCACCCAUUCGGGCAAAGAUGGUCCACGCAUCCUCAAAGGACGCGCUGCGGAAGUCGCUAGAAGGGAUUGGUGCGGAGAUCCAGGGAACGGAUUUGACGGAGGUUGCAUAUGAAACCGUCCUCGAGAAGGUGAAGCGCUUCAGCCGAUAGAGAGGUACUUUGUACUACUUUAGUUUGAUCCAUGAUGUUAGCUCAGAAGAUGCGCAUUACUGUAAACCUUGUUUUGAUGUAGUAAUCGCGAAGAUAGUUGUAUAAAGCUGCGAAGGAUUCACACUACGGUACGAGCAGAUGUAGUAAGGACUUUUCCAGAGUAAAUCGUUGACGUUCAUGGAGCGUUGCUGCGUGGUGAACAGCGUGAAAAGGGUACACCGCGCCUGGUAGAUACGAGAUGAGAAUAACUGAUAAAACGCUCCACAAAAUGCCUUUUACGAUUGC